AUGACCUCACUGUACUCGCCCUUCAAUGAGCAGCAGGCCUGGUCCUAUAUCCGACAGCAUAUGAACGAUGGUAUGAUGCGCGCUUGUCUCGUAUCUCGGGUUAUCAUUGACCUGUUGGUCAACCGAAUCUUCGUUUUUGAAGCAUGGCAGGGUUUUUCUGUUGAUGCCGAUCGCCAAAUUGGUGAGAUUCGAUAUGAAUUGAACAACCUCUCUGCCGGCCAAGGUGGGGCUUUGCAGGUCUGUAUCGACCGCAUCGCGGCAAUUGUCAAUUCGUGUAUCAACCACGAGCGCUACGACGCCUACCGCAGCCACCGCAUUGAGUACUUUCAGGCUGAGCUCCGCGAGAUGCUUUCUCCUCUACUCAUCCCCGAGUCCGACGGCGGUCCCAUACUAGAACAAGCUGACGAUGCUCUUUGCAACAUGGUUGAGAAGGCCUGGUCCAUUUCUGCUAAAAUGUUCACAUCGCGCUGCACCUUCGAGUUCCGCUUCCCCGACGCCGGUGCCCGCUUCAACACGCAAACCAUGGUUGCUGUGGCGCCGAAUAUUGAUCCUCAGGUCCUUCAAGUCGAUCACUGGCGUGUGCAGCUAGUUGUGACGCCUGUUAUUACCGUCCGCAACGACACAGGCGCCUCCAUAUCGGUGGCCUCUAUCACUAAUGCUCAUGUAAUCUGCAUGAAAUGA